UGGGGAAAUAGAUUUCGAACUUUGUUUUCGGGGAGAAAUAGCAUGAGAUCAUAUUUUGGUGGACAUUUGGUGCUAUAUCAUACUUCUCGUGGGAAAAUAGAUCGUCUUCCCAAAAAAAAUUGUAGUUAUUCAACCGUUAAACUGAAAUGAGUCAUCUUUUAUAUAUAUAAAUAAAUAUUCGCUUUUUAUUAAUUUCUUAUAUAAUAAAGCACAAGUCACCUAUCAAAUUAAAAUUUGACAUUUGACAAAAGAUUUAUAUAAAAAAUAAUAAUUAAACUUUUUUCAUCUCCUUUUUUUUUGCAUUAAAAAUAAAAAUAAUAUUUAGAAAAAAAUAAACAUGAUCGUGCAACAGUUACUCAAACCACCACGAUCAUUUUUUGCCCACUAUCAUUUUUUCCAUCCUCUUAUGUCUCUCAAAUUCUCUCAGAUUGGAUUAAAAUAUGAGAAACUAACAAUCGAUCAAUAACAAAAUAUGAGUUAAUAUUCUCCUUCUUUGAUUACAAAAUUCUAUUGAAUGUUCCGAGAGCCAGUGCUGAGUUCAAUUUAUAAGUAAGCAUCGCAACAACCGAUACAUAUAUUAUCUCCCUACUUUGUACAGUUUUGUUGGUUUGGCAGAGCGGGACAUGCGUUCUAGAACGAGAAUAAAGAGAGAAAGAGGAGAAGGAUAGAAGUUAGCAACAAAUAUAAACGUGGUAGAAGUCGUUUGAUAAAGGUAAAUACUCUUUGUAUGUAUAUAUUUAAAUAUAUUUGUGAGUAUAACUUUAGAGAAUGGUUGACAAAAUCUAAAACAUGGAAAAUCAUUAUGUUUAGGUGUCAAUGAAUAAGGUAUUUAAUCUACUGUCCAUGGUUUAGUUUUGUUGACGAGUGACGUGGGCUUAUAAUUGGUAUCAUAUAAUUUAAAAGUUAUAGGAGCAAAGCAAGCAUGCAUUAAGUUUUUUCUUUGUAUAAAAAAGAUCAAUAUUUUUGCAUGUACAAAAUUAAGGAAAACAUUAAAAUAACUAGACAUAAAAAGUAAAAUAGAAAGGUUCAAACUAAUAUUUACAUUCAACAAGCUAUUGCAGAUCAAUAUAAAUUUUUACAGGCAGAUCAAACUUAAUUUUAUAUGUUUGUGGUUAAUUUUACAUUCAACAAGCUAUUACAGAACAAAUUUAUUUUAUACCUAUCAAGUUUAAUUAACUGAAAUGUGUUUUAAGCAAAAAUAUUCCCAUGCGAAACAUGGGGUUAAUACUAGUACUCACUAAACCGCACGUUGAUAAAUAACUCAUUUUAUUAUGUUAUAAUACUUUUUUGCAUUAAAUAAAUUUUUUUUUUUGCCAUUCUCUUUGACGUACACGAACAUGAGCUUGUCACCGCAUUCAGAAAGUUUUCCAGCAAAGAUGAUUUCGGCAAGACAGUGAGUUUUGGAAGAGACUAAGCACUUUCUACUUCAGUCGUUUGUUUGCCGCCACCACCUACGGUGAAGAGAUUGACUGGAAGCAUUGUGAUCUGGAGGAUUAACCGAUAUUUUAGGAGGUAAGGGAUAUGGUGAGGAGUGAGGAUGAGUUACAGGUGAUGUUGAACGAGAGAGGAUGCAAUGUGUGAACGGGCGAUGCUGAAUGAGAGAGGAGGAAAUGGGCGAUGCUGGAUGAGGAGAGAGGAGAGAGAGGGCAAUGCUGGGAGGAGAGAUGAGAGUGAGGGCAAUGCUGGGAAGAGAGAGGAGAGAGAGAGGUGUCGAUUUUGGAAGGAGAGGAGAGAAAGUGGAUGAUGCUGUAUCACUCUUGGCUCUAUCUCUUCUCUUCCGUUCUCCUUUACGGUUUCAUAUAUUUUAACUCAGUUUCCCAAAUCUGUUUCGAUUUUUUUGACGAAAGAUAUGCGUACAUACAAAAUUUCAAGCUUGAGGCUUCCAUCAUAAGCUUAGAAUAGUCAAUUAUCUUAAUUAACAGAUGAGUCUAUCUCUCUCCAACAAGCUUAUUGAAACCAUUUUGAUCCCAAAUCUUAUUGUUGGCAAAAAUAAUUUGUUUCAAUUCUUUUGAUAAAUUUUUCACAAAUUUUGUUGCCCUCCAACUAAAAUUUUGAAAAUUAUAAUAAGAAUUAGGUUUCAAAAAAGAGAAAACGAAUAAAAACAAUUUAGUAGCGUUGUAGAGCAAAAUAACUUUCUUCUUGUAAGGAUCAUAAGAUAAACCUUUUUUUUAAAAAAAAUAUUGACAUUUCUUUUGUUAUACUUGGUCUGCAACUUCAACCGUUAGGUUAUCCAACUUUAGCUGUUAAAUUAUAAUUUUAAUUCCUAAAACAUCCUAUGUGUCCAAAUAACUUAUACCAUUUGCCAUAGCACCUUAAACCUCUACAAUUUACAAACUACGCAACAAAUUUGAUAGUUAUAUUAUCUUAAAUUUUGAUUCCCAUAGAAAUCUAGAGAGGCUAAAUGGUUUAGAAUCAGAUGUUUGAAAAUAAUAUAUGCUAAUUCUUUUCUACAACAUUUUUAAUUGUUAUUUGUAAAGAGAAGUGUGAAUGAGUAUGUUUAAUUUUAGUUAAACAAAACUAGACAUAGAGCAUUGCGUUUUUAUAGCUAAAAUAUAACAAAGAAAAUCAAACUCUUUACUAACAUGUUAGCCAAAAUUUUAAAAUCUAACUACUUUGAAUCUUAAGUGGAGAUAAUCAAAAUCAUAUAUUUGUUUAUAUUAAUGGGUCUCGUAAAUCAUUUAAUAUAUUCUUCGUCAUUAAGUUAGUAUAACAUUUAUUCAAUGCUCAAAUUUGAUUAACACAAUCAAGAUAUUUAUUAUAUAAAAAAAGAGGUAGUCAAGUCAAUCAGUUCUAUCUCCUUUGUAAAAAGUGGAAAGUAUUAAAAAAGUUAUUCAGACUUGAACUGGUUUAAACAUUAGAUGAAAAAUAUAUAAAUAAAUAUGAUGCUUUUAAGAUUUACAUUAUUUACAAAUCAAAUAAUUUUUCAUAUUCAGACAUUUUUAAGAUAUAAUGAAUUGAGAACAAAUUUUAACAACCAAGCUACAUUGUUUCAGAUUUUUGGAAAAAAUUAUGUUAUUAUCCAAAUCAGAUUUAAGUUGAAAACGAGGAUAAAUAAUUUUUUAUUAGUUAAACAUUUCACAAAAAUAGUUAAAAUUUUUAACAAAAUUUAUACUUAAAUAAUAUGGCAGUUAGAAUUUUGUUUUUGUUUUCUGGAAUAUCUAUAAUUAUCCAUAUUAUCUUUAGGUAACGAUUUUAUACCCCUAUAAAAGCUUUGUUUCCUUUCAUAUUUCUUCAUUCAAAAAUCAUUAUUCUAAGUAAAUAUGGUUUCUCUAAGAUUUCUUUUAUGUUUUCUUUUUGUAAGUAGUGUCUAUGCCACAAUUGUUUCUCAUGAUGGCCGAGCCAUUACCAUUGAUGGUCACCGCCGAGUUCUCCUUUCUGGUUCUAUCCAUUAUCCUAGAAGCACUCCUGAGAUGUGGCCGGAUCUUAUAAAAAAAGGUAAAGAAGGAGGUCUUGAUGCGAUCGAAACAUAUGUCUUCUGGAAUGCGCAUGAGCCUACUCGCCGUCAAUAUGAUUUUUCUGGAAAAUUAGAUCUUAUUCGAUUCCUGAAAACCAUUCAAAAUGAAGGUUGUAUGCUGUUCUUCGCAUAGGACCAUAUGCAUGUGCUGAGUGGAAUUACGGUGUGGUUGCACAACAUGCCUGGAAUGGUGUUCAGAACUACUAAUAAAGCAUAUAUGGAUGAGAUGCAAAACUUCACAACUAUGAUAGUAGACAUGAUAGAAAAUGAGUAUGGAAAUGUAAUGGGACCCUAUGGAGAAUCGGGUAAAGCAUACAUUAAGUGGUGUGCAAACAUGGCUCAGUCUCUUGAUGUUGGUGUUCCAUGGAUAAUGUGUCAACAAAAUGAUGCUCCUCAGCCUAUGGUAAUAAGCUCAGUCUAGUUAUAAUGAGUAUUUAUUUAAUAUAUUCAAAGGUUAAUUAUUUUAAAUUGUUUCUGCUUUUAUAGUUGAAUACAUGUAAUGGCUUUUACUGUGACAAUUUUGUACCAAACAAUCCCAACACUCCUAAGAUGUGGACUGAGAACUGGACUGGAUGGUAAGUUUUAUUUUCAGUAUGAUUAUAUUCUUAUUAUUUUGUAAAUAUUUUAUCAUAAUAUUUAUUUUUUCUUCUAUUUGUUUAGGUUUAAGCAAUGGGGUGGUAAAAAUCCUCAUAGAACAACCGAAGAUGUUGCAUUUUCUGUUGCAAGAUUCUUCCAAAGAGGAGGAACUUUUAAUAAUUAUUAUAUGGUAAAAAUGUAAUAAUGAAAUUUAACUUAUUUAUUAAAAUAAGCUCACACAAAAUCGACAUUAACUAGAAAGAGUAAUUGAACUGUUUUUAUCAUUGUAGUACCAUGGAGGCACGAACUUUGACAGAACCGCAGGUGGUCCAUACAUCACAACUUCAUAUGAUUAUGAUGCUCCCCUUGACGAAUAUGGUAAAUUUAAAGUAUAUUCAUAUACAAAAAUAUUUUAGAAGUUUAUAUUUUUACUUACAUGGGAAAUCUAUUAGGUAAUUUGAGUCAACCAAAAUACGGGCAUUUGAAACAACUUCAUGAUGUUCUUCACUCUAUAGAGAAAACUCUAACAUACGGAAACAUCUCCACCAUUGACUUUGGAAACUCUGCAUCGGUAAUAUUCUUGUUAUUUUUUAUCAGUAUAUUCUUGAAAUAAUUACUUAUCAUGAAAAUAUUACAUAGGCAACAAUUUAUAAAACCGAA